CGCAGCUUUCCACAUUGCCAGGGCAGGGUCCCCGACCUCGCGCGCGCGCCAAAAGGCGAAAAGGGGGCGACCUGGCUGUAACCAAUCGCCUCCCCACCCCAUUCUUAUCUCCUCGCCACCGCUUGCUAUCCGUCGCCUCGCCGCGCGCGCGUACGUUCGGUUCUCGGCCACUGCUCAGCUCUCGCUGCAGCGAUGGCCCUGCAGGCCCCGUCACUCAUGCGCGCGCCGGCGGCACAGCGGUCCGCGCCGCCACGGCCCUCCUUCUCCGCCCCGUGGUCGCUGCGGCUGCCGGCGCCUGCGCGGCGCCGGGUGGCCACUGCCGCGCGGAUCACCAUGCGGGUCGCGUCCAAGCAGGCCUACAUCUGCCGUGACUGCGGGUGGGUGAGCCACAGCCACCCAAGCGGCCGGGGGGGGGCAGCUCUUUAUUUCGCCCGCGCGCGCCGGGCGGCUGCGCUAGCUUUAGCUUGCCGUGCUGUGGCCUGCCCUGCUCGGAUGCAUGCUGCCGUGCCCGUGCUCGUGCCUGAUUUGUUGCCUCUGUCUGUGUUUCUUGCUGCAGGUACAUCUACAACGACAGGACGCCGUUCGACAAGCUGGCUGACAACUACUUCUGCCCUGUUUGUGGAGCUCCGAAGAGAAGGUUCAGACCCUACGAGCCAGCAGUCUCCAAGAACGCGAACGCCACCGAUGCCAGAAAGGCGAGGAAGGAGGAGCUGAAGAAGGAGGAGAGCAUGGGGAAAGCCUUGCCUAUUGCCAUCGUCGUCGGGAUCAUUGCCUUGGCUGGCCUGUACUUCUACCUCAACAAUGUCUACAGCUAAACGACGAAUAGAUCCGUUUGGUGCGGCGAACAGGAUUCAUGCCGUUUUGCAGUCUUUUUCCCUUUGUUAAUCGUUGCAAUGUGCUGUCUUGGUGCAUGUACUACUAGGGCUCCAAGACUGUAUACAAGUUUUGCUGUUCAUCUUGAAAUACCACACAUUACAUAACCAGCAGUUAACAUGAAGUGUUUUACUUA